AGUAAAAUAAAACCUGUAAAUGUCCGCUAUGGAGAAAUUUAAACAAAGCGUUUCGUUGGGGUCAUCGAUGACAUAACAAAACUUUUUCUUCAUUCUUCUUCUUUAUAUUGAGAGAGGAGGCCACAUGUAAGUUGGCGAAGGAGGAGGGAUGGGUAUUGUGAGUACAGUGGUGGGGUUCUUCGGAUUUGGAGUGGGUGUCUCGAUUGGUGUAGUGUUCGGUUACUUCCUGUUCAUCUAUUUUCAGGACAACGAUGUCAAGGACCCUAAGAUCAGGCCUAUCGCAGAACUAGACUCAAAGACUUUAGAUGGACUCUUAUCGGAAAUUCCAUUAUGGGUGAAAAAUCCUGAUUAUGAUAGAGUCGAUUGGCUGAACACAUUUAUACGUGAAAUGUGGCCUUAUCUUGAUAAGGCAAUUUGUAAAAUGAUAAGAGACCAAACAAAGCCUAUCAUAGAGCAAUAUGUUGGGAAGUUUAAAAUAGAAUCUAUUGAAAUUGAAACUCUUACAUUGGGCACACUUCCUCCUACACUACAAGGAGUGAAAGUCUAUGAUACUCAAGAAAAAGAAAUGAUCAUUGAACCUGCUCUGAGGUGGGCUGGAAACCCGAAUAUUAUUGUGGCAGUUAAAGCAUUUGGUCUAAGGGCCACUGUGCAGUUGGUAGAUUUGCAGGUUUUUGCAAUUCCACGUGUCACACUGAAGCCACUUGUCCCAGCUUUCCCAUGUUUUGCAAAGAUAUUGGUCUCUCUUAUGGAGAAGCCCCAUGUUGAUUUUGGAUUGAAACUACUUGGUGGAGAUGUUAUGGCCAUUCCGGGUCUUUAUCAUAUUGUGCAGGAACUUAUCAGAGAACAGGUUGGCAAUUUAUAUGUGUGGCCGAAAACACUGGAGGUGCCUGUGCUGGAGGACACGAGAACUAUGCAUAAACCUGUAGGCAUGCUCCAUGUAAAAGUUGUCAGGGCAACUAACUUAAAAAAGAAAGACAUGAUGGGAAAAUCUGAUCCAUAUGUGAAACUUAAGCUGUCAGGAGAGAGGCUUCCAUCAAAGAAAACCAAAAUUAAAAUGAGUAACCUGAACCCAGAAUUUAAUGAGGAGUUCAUCUUUACUGUGAAGGAUCCAGAGUCUCAAGUUCUAGAAGUUAUUGUCUAUGACUGGGAAAAGGUUGGUUCACAUGAGAAGAUGGGAAUGAAUGUUUUCCCUUUGAAAGAAUUGACACCAGAUGAGACUAAAUCUAUUACCCGUGAUCUUCUAAAAAACAUGGAACCAAAUGACCCACAGAAUGAAAAAUCACGUGGGGAAAUCACUGUGGAGAUGAUGUAUAAACCUUUUAAGGAGGAUGAAACCGUAACUGCUGAUGAUAAUGCAAUUGAUAAGGCUCCAGAAGGCACACCAGCAGGUGGAGGCUUGCUUGUAGUGAGAGUAAAUGAGGCCCAGGAUGUUGAAGGAAAACAUCAUACAAAUCCUUACGUGCGUCUUCUUAUGAGAGGAGAAGAGAGGAAGACCAAGCCUGUCAAGAAAAACAGAGACCCAAGGUGGGAACAGGAAUUUGAAUUCACUUUGGAGGAGCCACCUGUAAAUGAAAAGCUACAUGUUGAGGUUAUGAGCAAGGGAAUGGGCUUGGCUCUGCAUGCAAGAGAAACUCUAGGUUAUGUGGAUAUUAAUCUGUCAGAUGUGGUGCAGAACAAACGAAUCAAUGAGAGGUUUCAUCUUAUUGACUCAAAGAAUGGGAAAAUUCAACUUGAGCUUCUGUGGAGAUCUGCCUAAUAAUCACAUGAAUUCCCAUAUAUAUAUAUAUAUAUAUAUUCAAAGUUACUGCUUUGUACAAGAAUACCUUGUUACUUUUAAACAUAAAGAUUUGUGAAAGAGAGGAAUUUUCUUCUUUCUGGCUGAAAGCUGUAUUGGUAUUAUAGCGAAUUCCAUGAUAAUUGAUACCAAUUUGUUUCCAGGAAAUCACUUAUGUUGAGCUGGGCUGUUUUAUAUAGUACUUACCCAAAGUUUAUUGUAUAUAUUUUGAGUUAACCACUGGCCAUAUUUAAAGAUA